AUGGAGCCCCGGCCGCGGCGGCCGCACAGGAGCCGCCAAGUAGUGGCCGCCUUCCUGCGCGACCCGAGCUCGGGACGCGUCUAUAGACGCGGAAAGCUGAUCGGCAAGGGUGCUUUUAGCCACUGCUACAAGCUGACAGACAUGUCCACAAGUGCUGUGUUUGCCCUCAAGGUGGUUCCUCGACGUGGGGCUGGGCAUCUGUGCCCAGGGGGGAAGGUGGAACGUGAGAUCACCUUGCAUAGCUGCCUGCGACACCGCAAUAUUGUGGCCUUCCACGGACACUUUGCUGACCGUGACCACGUGUACAUGGUGUUGGAGUACUGCAGCCGCCAGUCUUUGGCCCACGUGCUGAAGGCACGGCACACUCUGACGGAGCCUGAGGUGCGCUAUUACCUGCGAGGCCUGGUCAGUGGCCUUCGCUACCUGCACCAGCGGCACAUUGUGCACCGGGACCUGAAACCAAGUAAUUUCUUUCUUAACAAGAACAUGGAGGUGAAGAUUGGAGACCUGGGGUUGGCUGCCAGGGUGGGGCCAGGGGGCCACUGCCACAGAGUGCUCUGCGGGACCCCAAACUUCCAGGCCCCAGAAGUCAUCUCCAGAAAUGGGCACUCCUGCCAGUCAGACAUCUGGGCUCUGGGCUGCAUCAUGUACAUGGUACUGACUGGCACCCCACCCUUCAUGGCGGCACCUCUGUCUGAGAUGUACCAGAACAUCCGCGAUGGCCACUACCCCGAGCCUGCCCACCUGUCACCCAAUGCACGCCACCUCAUUGCCCGCCUUCUAGCACCCAACCCAGGCGAACGGCCCAGCCUGGACCACCUGCUGGAAGAUGACUUCUUCACACAGGGUUUCACUCCAGACCGGCUACCACCCCAUUCGUGCCAUAGCCCACCCAUCUUCACCAUCCCCCUGCCUCUGGGCAGGCUCUUCCAGAAGGCAGGUCAGCUGCUGCUGUCCCAGUGCCGGCCACCUUGCUCCUUCACUCCUAAAGAAGCCUCGGGUCCAAGAGAGGAUGGGAUGGACCCAGACUCCAUGGAGUGGGAUAGUGAGGUCUCCCUGUCCAAGAAGGAGGCUCCCUGCCCUGAGGCCCCUAUCCAUGUAAUCACACAGGGGAUCCUCCAGAGUGACCCAGCAGAGCCAGAGGGGAGCCAGAAGUUGGAGGUGGAGGUGGCCAUCAGAAACCUGCAGCUCUGCCUGGAUGCUGGCCCCUCAGCCAUACGGAACCCCCCAGGAGAGCAGCAGCCAGUCAUCUGGGCCCUCAAGUGGGUGGAUUAUUCCAGCAAGUAUGGCUUUGGCUACCAGCUGUCAGAUGGGCAGCGGUGUUCUGCUUCGGGAUGGCACCCACAUGGCCCUGCGCUCCCCAGGAGGGAGGGAGCCCCGCCCAUGCCCACACUGCCAGCCAGGCCCAGCCUCUGCCUACUGCGCUUCUUGGCAUCCAAACAAGCCCUGCUGCUGCUCUUCAACAAUGGGACAGUGCAGGUCAGCUUGACUGGAGUCCAGGCCCACCUGGUACUGAGUGGUGAGGGUGAGGAGUUGUUGCUCACCCACUGGGAGCAGGGCCACCCUGGCACCUCCUACUCCCUGGGCAUCCUGCGGAGCCACGGCUGCACCUUGGCCACCAGACAGCUCCUUCACCAUGCUCUCUGUAUGCUGCAGAGCAUCUAG